GCAGGCUUCAAGUUGCGCAUCCCGACUCUGCAAUGCCCACUGUCACCUACUCGCGCGUCGGCUCACUUGACAUCCAGCUGGAUUACGAGAUCCCCCCUUCCGUCACCGCGGGCUCAUUGAGCGCAGUGAUAUACCUCCAUGGCGGAGGUAUCCUCACGGGUUCUCGCAACGACGCGUUUUUCUCUGAGUCGAUGAAAGAGUUGGUGUUGAAAAACGGCGCCAUAUUCAUGGCCGCCGACUAUCGUUUGUUGUACCCCUCCACCGGUUUCGACAUCAUCGACGACAUGAAGGCCCUGUUCUCUUUCCUAUCGAACCCAAGCUUCUCGGAGGACCAUCUACCAAGCGGCGUCUCCCUGGAUGCAUCGCGCAUUGCCCUCCUAGGGGGUUCUGGAGGUGUCUACCCUGCCAUGGCCGCAGGUCUCUACGCGCAGCCGAAACCGAAGGUCCUCCUCUUGCUCUUCGGCAUGGGCGGAGACGUGCUGGGUGAUAGCUGGGUCGCGCCCAAGGACGGGUUCAUGCCGUUCCCCGGAUCCGAAAGCGUGACGGAAGCCUCCCUCGCACAUCUGCUCGAGCGCACUCCGCUCCCUAUCUCAGACGCACCUGUGAAGGUCCAGCCUGAUCAGACCCUGCGCGACGACCAGAACCGCAUGGGUCUGUUCAUGCACUGGUGGCGCACAGGCGAGAUUCUGGAUUAUGUCGUGGGCGAGCCCAUCUCCGCCACUCUGCGUGCUCUUCCUGCCUCCGAACGCCUCGCAGUUGUACCUACCCGUUUGCAUCCGGCCAUCCUGCAAGCCUGUCUGGAUUCCGAGUUCCCUGCGACAUGCCUCGUGCAUGGGGAACAAGACGGCAUCGUGGACCCCGCUGAAUCGAAGACGACAUAUAACCGACUAAUGGAGUUGGGUGUCAAGACGGAAUUAGUGCUUGUUCCAGACGCCGUGCAUGCUCUAAUGUCACCAACCAAUCCGGCAGCACCAGCUGUGGGGGCAGAAGCUGCCUAUGGGAAGGGUUGGAGCUUCUUGUUCACGGAGUUGGCGAAUAGUUAGGCCUUGACGACGGAGUUUACAGCAGAGCGAUUACAAUGACACGAAGCGGUUCUUGUGAUAUACGUCCGGCUGUUGUCUCUCAGAAACAUCGACCUGCGCCAUGAUUGAGAAUGGUGGACAAGUACAAA